CUGUAUCGUCUGCUUUCCGUGCUUCCCUCCCGAUUAGCCUUCCCUACCCUAAUUCCAGCUGCUGCGCAUGCUGCGUACUUUAUUUCCUCGAUGCUGUCAGUCCCUUUACCGCUGCUGGCUAGAACGUUCAGGGCCUGCUCACUGUUAAUCGCAUCUUUGAGCGUGUGUGUGCCGACGAGUUUCACAUCGUGCGGUCGAGUCGUCGUCUGUCAAGGCGCCACUGAUACUUUGUAACGUCGAAUUGAAGUCCAAACCCUCUAAGCAUAGAAAAAUAUACCAGCAAGAGUUAGAGCAACCUGAAUGAUUUACUGUAAUGCAUAUUUUGUAUUAUGAACCAGGAAGUGGAUGUGUCGUGAUCACAAGCGCUUGCUUCAUUCCUGCAAAUUGAUGCAGCUGCCACAUGCGAUUGCAACAAGAAAAAAUGUGUCAUGGCCCAGGAACGCCUGAAAACCAUUGUUGGCCACCUCAAAGGUGGUGGCAUUAAUAAUGUCAUUAGCAUGUUUGAGGACAAGAACAUUCUGGAAGAAGUCAACAAGAAGAUUGCCGCAGCACAGUCAAAAGGAGGCUUCCGCUUCACCCUCGACAGCUGUCGACUGUCGGAUGAGCAGCGGCGCUUUUAUGAGGACAAUGGCUUCAUCAUUAUGCGCAAUUUGGUUUCUUCACAAGACCUUGAAGCCUACAAGAAGCGGUUCCAGGACAUUGCUGAUGGCAAUUUGAAGGUACCAGGCCUGGUGGUCAUGAAGGACAUCUCCAAGGUGGAUGCAGAUCACAGUGAGCAUGUUGUCAACAAGUUGCAAGAACUGUACAUGGACGAUGUGCUGUUCAGCUAUUGCACUAUGCCACAGAUCCUGGACUAUGCAAGCUCAUUCUGUGGGCCCAAUUUGACUGCAGUUCAUACAAUGCUCAUCAACAAGCCACCAGACACGGGGGCUCUGACAUCGCGUCACCCGCUGCACCAGGACCUGUACUACUUCCCGUUUAGGCCAGCAGACCGCAUCGUGUGUGCGUGGACGGCCUUGGAGAAAGUGACACGUGAGAACGGUUGUCUCGUGGCCAUCCCUGGAUCACAUCACGGAGAGCUGCUGGAGCACGGCUACCCGGAGUGGGAGGGUGGCGUGAACAAGAUGUACCACGGAGUCAAGGGCCUGGCAGACAGUGUGUUCGACAAGCGUGUCCACUUGGAAAUGGAAGCCGGUGACACUGUGUUCUUUCAUCCGGUUCUCAUCCAUGGGUCAGGCGCUAAUAGGACCAAGGGCUUUCGCAAGGCCAUCUCGUGUCACUACGCGGCCUCUGAGUGCGAGUACAUAGACGUGGAAGGCUCUGUCCAGGACCCCAUUGCCGAAGAAGUGCUCGAGAUCUUCCACAAACGCUUCCCACACAUUGCUGUGAAAAACUAUGCGGAUGUGUGGAAGUUGAGGGCCCGCCAUGUUCGAGGCCAGCAGGGGAACCUAUAAGUUUCACAUGGUGCUGUGGUGGCGGUACAUAUAGUGCUCAAGGAGUCAAGAAGAACCACUUGGUCAUAACCAGAGAGCUUAACACCGGCAAUGUACAGCUCUGUUUUUGGGCCUUCUUACCAUGUAAGAUGAAAUGGGGUUGGAUGGGAUCGUUUUCAUUUCUUGUCUUUCUCACUGUGAAUUUGCAGGAGCACUGUCACAAGAUUUCUAAGCUCAUGCUGAUCAGCUUGGCACUACUCGUGAAUAUAUUUGACGAAGUACUAAUGGUGAAGAGACAUGUAGAUAUUAAAGACCAUCUACCUUCAGGGUGCAGUACCUCAUGAUAUAGACUUCAAAGUGGCACUAAGGCAUCUUGUGAUGUGGAUACAACCAUGGAGGCAGAGGACAGAAUGCGAGCCUCAUUCGAAACAAACACUUGUGCCUCUGCUGUUUCUCCUUUGCCCCUUAUUUUUCUUAGAAAUGAGAAGCAUUGGCUGUGCACGAAAAUAAGCUUGUAAUCGCGGUUCUUGCCAUUUGGUGGCGCAGUGUGGAUUCUUCCUGUGCACAAGUGCAGUUUACAGUACUACCACCACAUCACAACUGGCUGUGGCUACCAGAAACACUAAUGCCACUGUCGGGCGCUUUCAAUAUUCAAACAGAAAUGAGCUGCAAUAGAAGAGCAUGUAAUUAUUUGUCACACUGAAAAAUGAAGAGGCACCAUACCUUGGUGGUUGUGUCAAUACGUAGCUAUUGCAGCAAAAGAGAACUACGUACUAUCUGUGCCCGUACUCCUUGAAAAGGGCCUUGCAACAGCUUUAUAGGAAGGAGUGCUAUUUGUUAUCGAUGUGCAUCACCUUGUUAACUGCCAAAAGCUUUUGAAUGUGCCUCGUAUGGCUACCAUUGCUCAUUAGCUAUCAUAUGCUGUCCCUGCAUGGCGUCCCUACCAACGUUACUAGACUAGCUUCAGUUGUAAAACUCCCCGCCCGCGCGCUUACAGCCGCUGUCGCCACUUCUGUGACAGCCGCCAGAGGGCAACGCUGUUCCAUCGGGCUCCACUGCAGACGCCUCGUCACAGCCUUGAGCUCGUGCGGACGGGCAGUUUGUGCGUGUUUCACGCUCGCUGGUGUCCUUCCUUGUCUGAAUUAGUGAUACCACGAGAAAGCGGUAUCCACCUACAGCAAUAAGAUUUAUCGCGCCAGUUCGUUAAUACUGAAAGAAGGGUAAACUGCAUGAAAUGAAGAAACGCAUACAGCGAAGCGCAGAAGCUGCAUUUCUAAAUUAUACGAGGAAAAUGCCAGCAAACUUGAGAGUAGAAAAAAAUCAAGAGGCAGACAUAUUCUACUCUCAAGUUUGCUGGCAUUUUCCUAGUAUAACCAUGUACCAACUAGCCCAACAAGCCACUCUCAUGAGCGUUUCUAAAUGUCGUGUGUUUCUUCAUGUCGUCUUAACGUUUCGCGCAGUUUAGGCUCACAAGCCAUAAUAUCUGGCCAAAGUGCGUGAUUGUAGGAUGAUCUUCAUCCCCACCGAAGCUUCUCACCAAGCCAAAGAAGCGCUACAAAAAGCAAGAUGAGGUCGGUCUUUCUACACACAAGCCACACAAAGAAAAGAAAAAAAAAGGAAGUCGGAUUUUUCAUUCCAUGAAGAUGCUUAAUCAGCAAAACUGAAACGUGCGGCCCCUGUGUUUAUCACUUGGUUUUAAUCCCGAGGGUUCAUUAAAGUAUUUCUCAGUUAUGAGGUUACACACAAUCGGCUGCGGCGGAGAGAACGAGUCCGCAGUUGUCGCUUGCGUUCGAUGUCUCGAGUUUGCUCGGCGGCUGGUUAGCAGCCUUCGCCUGCGAUUUGCUGCUUGUGAUUCUUCGAAAUUAAAUUUCUUCAAAAUUAAAUCUUUCCGUUACGUAAGACAAUGAGUGGCUCAUACCCCCGUAAACGGGGCCUCCCCAUUACGACGACAGAAGUGAAGUGAAAUUCUACGCUGGAAAGAUGAACACCACGCAGCCAGCUGUGGAAGACGACGAGGAACGCGGGAGCAGUGGCAUGAGCGCGUGCCGUUGAUUUCGCAGAGUGUUCCCGGUCGGCACGAGGAAUCUCUCUGUUUCACGCCGAGCGAAGCGUCGCAUUGCUGGGAGCACAGAAAAAGUGGUGCGCCGAACUGUCGACAUCGUUCCGAUAGCGGCCUAUGUAGUCAGGUACGCAGCACGUCGGCAUCGUCUGCUGAUAUUCUUAAGAAACUCGGCGAAGGCUACAGUUCCACGGAUGACAUGCUUGCUGAAAUUUGCCGUUCACAACGAACCACAGAAUACACCAACGCUGCACCGCGUACUUAGUCCGGCCCGCCCGCGUACCCAGCCAGUGAGGAAGUGAAGCCGGGCGCGACUGUAGCGCCACGAAGGCGCGGGUGGGUGGCGGUUCCACGCAAUGGCGCCGAGUUUUAAAACUGAAGCUAGUCUAGUAACGUUGGUCCCUACUGCGUUAAAAACUGUGCCAAUGUGCCAGUGCUGUGGCGAACUGGAUUAGGGCAGUGUGUCGUUCGAUGUUGCAACAAUGGCGUGGGGUGCUGGAGCAAAUUGACCUACUGCAGCACUGUCUGUCUUUUUUCUUAGAAUAUUUUUCUUUACAAACCAGGCAAGUAACAGUGCAAAGUCCUUCAUUGAAAGAUCCCAAACAUAAAAUAGGAUUUUGCUACAAAAGUUUAGCAAGAACAAAGCAGUAAUAAGUUUGAAAUCUUUCUAAAAAAAUUUUUUGAAGGAAAAACGCUGGUGAGAUGCAGGUGCAACACAGGCCUUCUAGGGUGAACAGUUGCAGUUCUCGCAGAGGCCUAUGUUUAUCGCGCAGACCUCGCUGCAGCUUGUGUUGCCACACUUGUGCAUUUUGGUAUAAGCAUAACAGGCACAACUGUUGGCAAAAGCUACUUUUGUUUACUUUUUAUUCGUCACAUUCCCUCCCAAAUGGCCAGUGCAAGUUCAUACUUCUGUAGUCGGGGCCCUCUCUGCUGUGUUCCUGCCCUCUGGAGUGCUUUUGCAGAGGGAAAUGCCUACACAACAGUGAUAGCAUUUGUCCUAGCUGAUCAUUAUUUUUUUCUUCAGCGAAACCGCUACGCUGGCUGAUGCAGGGGAAAGUAUACUCAUGGAGCCCAUCUGGCACAAUCCAGGUGUUAUUUUUGGGCUGCCUCAUCCUUGUGUAUUUCUGCAUAUAUGCAUAUGAACAGAAUGAACAUGUUGAGCAUGUGCUUGCCCUGCUGCAGUCAAAAGAACAUUACACAGACAAUCAGGGACACAGAUCUAUAAUUGGAAAUGUCUAAGCGUAGUUGUAGCCUGAUUUCCUGUAAUUUUUUUUUCUUUAAUGCAUCUUAAAUAUUGCUUUAUUUUAUGCAAACUAUGGUUGAAUUCUGGUUUGACUGUGUUUUAGUUUAUGAAUGCAGACCACAAUGUAUAUUUUGGGGACUAGGCACACCGGCUACUCGCAACACCCAUUUGGUGACGUGAUCACGAAAAUUACCAAUAUUCUGCCGUCAUUUUGCAUUGUGGACAACAUACUGCCCAUUCCAGCAUAGCAUACCAAUGCAGAGAAAUGCCUGCAUUGCUCCACUCUUCUUCAUGCUAAGCUUUGGUGCUGGCAUGGCCUUCAAGGUAGGCACAUUAUGCCUCCUGAUCUUGUAGCCCGUAGUGUGGGCACAGUGUUCUUCUCAGCCACUGGAUGGUGCAAAAGCCUCAUAAUAGCUUCAUAGUAAAAUAUUUAGCGCGCACAAUUGACAAGGACACAGUGAAGGGGGACUGUUCUCCCAUCUAAAAGAACAUGAACAUUCCUCGGUAAAGAAAACCAUUCGCACUUGUCGAACCACUGUAAUAUAUGUCAUUGUGAUCCGGUAUUUUUUAACACUGACAUUUUCUUUUCAGAUAAAAACAAACUAACACGGGAAAUCACAGAAGCAUUCCAUAUCAAAAAGUGCGCUGAAAAGUGCAUAAGCCAACCAUCGGUUGCAAUCACUGAAAAAGAAUUUGCUUUUUUAAAUACUGGAUGACCCUUCUUAAUCUGUUUUUAAUCUGUUUCUGUUUUACUGACCACUCUUGUUGCGCAUGCUCAGCACUGAUAGCUGGGGUAUAUAUAUAUAUGUUCUGUAUCUUUCCGAAAAUAAAAUAGUUGUGAGUAAGCGCUCGUGUGUCCCCCUUCACUGUGUCCUUGUCAAUUGUGCGCACUAAAUAUUUUACUAUGAAUUCGUGCCAACUCGCCCAACUAUCAGUUCUGCUGCAGUUCCUUAUAAUAGCCUUGCGAGAUUUUCCUUCGCUUGUAUUUUUUUUUUUUUUUUUGCCUGCUAGAGGCACGGUUUUCUCAUGAAACCUAAAGGAGUCCAGCCAGUAGCUGUUGCACUCAUUGGCAUGUCACAGUAAUCAUGAAAAGUAGCGGGAAUAUUAAGAGGUUGAAGUAAAUCAGCGAUGGUCCUUCGAGGGAAAUGGUAUGUUCCCUGUAGCAUGUACUGGAAUAAGAUUUGGCUUAUGUUCAUGAGAGCAUUGUCUAGUGACUAGGAAGCUGUGUUUUCUAUAUUCAAAAAGCCUUUAAAGGCCCUUUUAGUACUGGGGGAUGUUUAAGUAAUAGUUAGCAUUCCGGCUGCAUUCAGUAGCAUAUUCACUGCACUUCUUUGCCUGAAACUUGAAGGACAUCUUUGGGACCUACUUAAAUAUGAUGCUGUGGGAACAACCCAAGAUUUCGUGAAGAGCUAUCACUGACGUGUUUGCAAGGUUGACUUUUGUUUCUAAACGUUAUGCAGUGUGCUGUACAAGUGCCCAGAAUGUUUCAACAUUCAUCAUCUUUGUUCCUGGAAGAUUAACACAGGAGUUUAUACCAGUGUCACGUGGUCACUUUCAAUUGCGUAUGAGCGCGACCCGAAUAGAAUUUCUUUUAUCGCAAUAGACAGUGAUCGCAGCUACACGGUCCAACGAUCCAGAUAGAGUUUGGGUGAGCUCAAGCAAACCAGCUGCUAUUAGUGGGUCCAAAGCAUUUAUCAAAUUUGUCUAAUAUGCUGUAAUAUUUGUAAUAUGAAAAUUUUUCUAUAACAAUUAUUUUGUUCAUCAUUGUGGGUAAAGCUAAUUAUCCCCUGCUGAUUGUUUGCAACCCUCAAAACUACAGGGCCAUUAGCCUGUGAUUGCGAUCAAGAGGCUCGAUUGUAAUGCUCAAAUUGUGAUUAUCUGGAUCUGGAUCAAGCAAGAUCCCAUGAUUAAAAGUGGCCAUGUACAGCACUCGAUCCAGAUUGGAUCUUAUCGCAGUCGCAAGUCACUGUGUGACACCGGUAUUGGGCAUGAUGAGAAAGUUUUGUUCGAGUAUUUUUCUUUGUUACUGAUGGCCCUAUGCUACUGCACAUGUACAUUUUCAACAUACAAUAUAUAUUUUAAAUGAAUGUCCACACUCUCUAAACCUUAAAAAGGAGUACAGUUGAACCUAGAUAUAUCUAAUCUGAAAGGGAUCACAAAAAAGUUCGAUAUAUAGGUAAUUUGACAUAUAAAGAUAUUAUACAAACAUUUUCAAGGGGAUUUUACAGCUGUUUGUUCUACACAAUAAUUCGUUGUGUGUUCGAUAUAUACGGGUUCGACUGUAUUAACCAAGAACUAGAGUGCCCUAAAUAAUUUACUACAACGCUUGCUUCUACGAACUCAGAAAGUGGAUGGAUCAUGAUGUCGUGAUCGCUCCUUUCAUAUGAUUGCUGCAGACGCCACUCGCUAGUGCAGUCUGAAGAUAGGUGUGCGGCACUUCUAUUUUUUUAUGAGCAACACUAUCGUACCUAGCCUUAUUGCUACAUGUCAGAAAAUUUCGCUCUUUGUUGUGAUAAUGUUGAUGAUGCUAGGUCUAGUAUUGCGAGUCUACUUUAAUAUUGGCUUAAAAUGUCCAAGUGUUUCUCAGCUGCUGCCUAAGGCAGAUGAAUUCGCUCAAUCUUAGCCUUGUUAUAGCCUUAUUUCUGGUGUAUAUUUGUGCUAACAUAGCAGGAAUGCUGGAACACACUUCAAUGUGCACGUGAAGUUUCUGCAGGUGUUGAUGCUAGCAGAUGAAGCUAGCUAUUGUCACCAUUGCAUGUAAGUGAACUUGCAUCAUGCCUUUACAGCUAUGGCAUCUUGCAGGUUCAGUUUUACGUUGCCUAGCCUACAUUCCUGUGGGGUAAGAAUGCCUUCUGGUGCAAAUCAUAAUUAACCUGUAGCACUCUACUUAGGCAUUCCUUGUAGUUUAGGGCUAGAAUAUAGAAAUUAACCAAUCACUUGGAGAGAAGUUGGUGAUUCAAUGCGAUUGUAAAGCACAUGCUGGACAACCAAAAGUUACAUUUGUCCUUGCUGUGCAUCGCUCUUACAAUGGCCUACAGCAUGUGUGUAUCUCAUUCAGAAGUUUGCAGUAGUUCUUAACGAUGUUCUUUUUCAUAUUCUGCAUCAUAUUUAGUUGCUUUUACAGAAUAAAAUGACGCAAUGAUAUUGCCGAGUAGCCCAAGAUAUGCAGUUGAGAAACAAUUUCGUGCGAAGUGUGAAAUUUGGCUGAUUUUUAACCAAGGGCAUCCAGCAAAGUGCACUUCAUGACAACGCAAAAACCUCACAAAGCAAGAUGCCUUUAUAUAAUGUUGCGUGCCCGUGAGAAAUGUACACAUUACCAAUUUGAAGAGCAAUAAAGGUGUUUUAUUUCUAUG